GCUAAGGGGCCAGGGUGUCGCUGGCCUCUUUCAUCCUCUGCCUCUGAUUGGCUAAUGCUCGUUGCCCUCGUGGGGUUGAUUGGUUAGGUUAACGCAUGAGGAGUGGGAUUGGUAAGAAUGAGGGUUGGAAUGUCAGGAUGAGCCAAUCGGAGGGCAGAGUAGAGCUGCUAAGCUAUGGCCGCUGCUACACGCACGCACACAUAUACAACAGACAUGGCGGCUUUGGGGUUUUGUGGACAGUGGUUUAUUCUAAGCUGCGACACAAAAUUCACAGCAAUUCACACCAAAAAAGCCAGAGAGACGUUUGUGUUUGACUGCAGCACUGCCGAGAAGAGACCAAAGAAUACAAAGACUGACAGCAACAGCGAUGGCGGCGCCUCAGAGGAAACAGGAAAUGACAAAGUCCUCGCCUUCGCCGUGUCUCCGUCUGGAAAGCUGGUGGCGCUGACGGAUGACAGCAAGCGGCUGGUUCUGUUUAGCUGUGAGGACUCAUGGAAGCUCAUCAGCGUCAGGUGGGUGGUGAGGAGGUGCACGUCGCUGGUGUUCAGCCGUGCGGAGGACGAGGUGCUGGUGGCGGAUAAGUCCGGAGACGUUUACUCGUUCUCGGUGGCGUCGCCUCAGAGGGAAGGCGAGCUGAAGAUGGGUCACCUGUCCAUGGUGCUCGCUGUGACGAUGUCUCCGAACGAUAAAUUCGUCAUCACAGCCGACCGCGACGAGAAGAUCAGAGUGAGCCACCUCAGAUCUCCGUACAACAUCCAGUCCUUCUGCCUGGGACACAGACAGUUCGUCAGCGCUCUGCUGGUUCCAUCAGGUCAUCCACACUGGCUGCUGUCUGGAUCAGGGGACGGCACCAUGAAGCUGUGGGAUUACGAGUCGGGCCGCAGGCUGCAGAGUUGGGACCUGAAAGAGUCUGAAGAGACGCUGAGCUCUGAGGGCGACGAAGAAAAGAAGCCAACAGUGUGCCGCAUCAUCAGCUCCCCUGGUGGUCGACAUGUGGCAGUGCAGUGUGAGAGGCAGUCGGUGGUUCAGUUCUUCAGUGUGGAUCAGGAGCAGCUGGUCGAACGCUGCAGCCUCUCUCUGCCUCUCUGUCCUCUCGAUGUGACCUUUGACCCCGACGGCCGGCUCUGGGUGCUGAUGGACUCCAACGAUGCACCGCUGCAAACUUACACACACACACAAGACUCCUGGCAGCGUGAUGCUGAGAGUCCCGAACUGAGCAGAGUCACUGAAGCCCUGAAACCUCACUGGGAGACACUGGAGGCGUCGGCUCGGAGCGGCUUCAGCUUCGAUCACCUCCAGAAGGGGAACUUUGACAACGUGACGCUGUACCUGCAGAAGAAGCAGCAGCGUCUGGAGGAGCAGCAGGAGAAGAGGAAGAAGUCGGAGCAGAAACCAAACGGCACCAAGAAGUCCAAGAAGGAGACGCCAUCCAGCUGAUCAGACACUUGAAAGAAGAGCCAUAGAUUUAUUAUUUUUCUUUCUUUUUUUAUUUUUUGGAUGAAUCUGAGUUGAUUUUUGUGCCUCAAUGAAGCAGACUGAUUUUUUUAAUGUUUGGCUCAAAUUUCUGCCUAUUUAAAAAAAAUAAAAAUCACAGCUUACGUUGAAGCGUUUCCUCUGU